AUUUUAUCUGUGUAGCUGCCUGCAAUGACUGGCAUGAUGGGCACAGUUCUCACCGAUGGUGAAGAUGAGCCACGUGUUGUGCGUCCCGUAUGCAAAAUCAAACCCACUGCUGCCCUUCUUCAACACUCGGAGAAAGCGGCUCUUCCCUCCCAAACAAAAGCUAUCAACGAUUUUUGUGCAGCUGAGGCUGCCAAGCGUGCUUCAGAGGUUUCUCAGCCUGCUGCACUCACAGUGCCUGUACCAGCCACACAAUUAGCGCCUCCCCCAUCCAACAAACAUGUGUGUCCCGAUGAUGCCCUCGAUGAAUCUGGUGAUAUGGAGCGCGAGAACGCUCGUGUCAACCCUAAGUGUGCUAGAAGGAAGCGCAAGUCCCCAGAGAAGUCCCCAGAGUUAGUUGAUGAAGAUGGGGUUCUUGUUGAUGUCGACGUCUCUAUCGCAGACCCAGGGUCAUCUCAGAAAGGCAAAACUGCCGACAUUGACAACUUCUUCGGUUGA